GCGGUGCUAUUCCGACCUGAAACUCCUUCGCUAUGCGAUCUAUGUGUACGAAUUCAGUUACCUUCGGAUGGCUCUGAGCUCGUUUUUAACACGUCGGAGAUACAAACCUCGGCGCAGUCUUGCCAGCUUUGUGCGAUAGUUCUUCAACUCCUCGGAUCAUCUACAAAUAGCGACGGUUCUGUGGUGUUCCACAGGCAUGGAUCAAUGUUGGAUCUUGAAAUUGGGAAUGGUUCUCCACCCGGUCUUGCAAUUAUCGCCGACCCUGGAGUAAAAGAAGUUCCGCAGGAUAUCCGAAUUGGAUUUCCAGUCUUGCCCGAAGUGGGAGGCGCGACCCAUUUCGCACUCCUCCGCGAAUGGCUUCGAGCCUGUAACGAGAAAAAAGGUUGCUAUCAAGCCCCCAUCCAGCUACCACCGCUUCCAAAAAGGCUCCUAGAUGUAGGAGGUCAGAACUUGCUCCUGAAAGAGAUAAACAGUCAAGAGGAAAGAAUUCCACUCGACUCAACUUCGGAGGACCGAAGAUACAUCGCUUUAUCUCAUCGUUGGGGCGACCCAACGGAGGAUGAGAAGGCGAAGUUCUGCACCUACGCAUGUAACAUCAAAGAACGAACGGAGGGCAUCAACUUCGACAAUCUACCUAAGACUUUCCGAGACGCCGUGACUGUUGCACGAGAGUUAGGCAUACGAUACCUCUGGAUUGAUUCUAUGUGUAUUAUGCAAGCUCAUGAGAAAUGUGCCGACGGAAACUGCGGGCCCGGGAGUGGAGACUGGGCGACCGAGGCAGAGAAGAUGGAGCAGUACUUUGGUUCAGCCUACUGUACGGUUGCUGCAGACUCUGCUAAAGGUCCCAACGAUGGAUUGUUUCAAUCACGUCAAGCUCGACAAUGCGUUCGGAUCCCAAAUCAGGAAGGCUCUACUGUUUACCUCUGCAAGGGAAUCGACAAUUUCGACCAUGACGUGGAUAAAGGAGUCCUUAACCAGCGGGGAUGGGUGUUCCAAGAAAGAGCCUUGUCGUGCCGAACAAUCCAUUACACGAAUACCCAAACGUAUUGGGAAUGUGGGUGUAGGAUUCGCUGUGAAACUCUCGGCGCCCUUAAACCUCCGCUGCGAUACAGCUUGCAUGAGCCUCGAUUUCCCCGACCUAAUGCGUUGACUAGAUACGCUGGGCAAGAGAUACUUAAAUUUGCCUUUCAGCAAUAUUCGAAACUCUCUCUUACAAGAUGUUCCGACCGACCUAUUGCUAUCUCUGGAGUAGUUAAUCGGUUUGUGAAAUGUCUCGAUUCAAGGGAGAUAUGUGGCAUUUUUGAAAAAUAUCUCCACCAGAGCCUGCUUUGGCGACGGACUGUUAAGGGAAAAAUGCGCCGGAUAGCCGAGACACAGACACCUAUGCCAUCCUGGUCUUGGAUGGCAUACGAGGGUGAGAUCGAGUAUAUCGACAUCGGAGAUGGUUUUAUAGGGAGCCAGAUCCCUUUUCCGUCUGCCGAAAGCUCACGAUCUAGCACCGGCCUUGACAUGGAAUUGAGAGAGCCAGUGAGAGGGCUAAAGUGGGAGGACACGAAUGAAGAUGAACAGCAGUUGACUUUUGAUGGAGAAAAUCCAAACAAGGACAACAAAAUAUGCGCACAAGAACUCAAGUUGGCUAUUGUCGGGUGCACGAGUCUAUCUGGCGAAAGAGGAUUCUGGGUCUAUGUUCUAAUUGUCAGACCAUGUUCUGCAGGAAGCACAUAUGAAAGAGUUGGUGCUGGGCGUAUUCUAGAGAGAUACAUGAACGAUGUCCUUGGGGUUACAGUGCGGGUUCAUUGACGAGUAUUAUUUCUUUAAAGGAAUAGUAUUGCUUAGGUUUUACAACAGAUAAUCGUUUCGCGAUGC